AUGUCGGAAAAACCUCACCAACCCAAGUUUACUCAAGCUGAGCUGGACUUGUUAUGGGCCAUCAUCGAACACGUUCCAAAAGAGCAAAUCAACGCGUGUGUUGCUGGUAGCGUGGAUGCCGUGGCUGCAGCUUUGGGAAUCAGAAAGACAGCUACUGAAAAGCGCUGGUCCCGUCUUGGAAUCAGAGUGCGCAAGGGAAAAAAGGCCGCGGAUGAGGGAGUCGUUGUCGCAGGCAUGGCAGAGGAGACCGAAGCAGAAGCCAGUGGUGAGGAUCAGGAGAUUAUCACAAAAGAUGGCGGUGGAAAGCGUGUUGGUGGCAAGGAUGUGGUUGGAAAGGGUGUUAAGGCACUCCGUGUUACACCCAAGCGUAAUCACAAGACUUCUGUCAAGAACAAGGUCUCUGAAGAUAAGUUUAUCAAGAAGAAGACUACUAUCACAAAGGACAAGCGUGGCAAGAAGGGUAUCAAGGAUGAAGUCACUGCCAAAUCUAAUAUCAAGGUAGAAGAAUCCGAGGAGGGUUUUGACGAUGAUGAGGCAGCCUUCUGA